CAAGUGAGGAGAGAGGGAGAGGGAGAGGGAGAGAGAGAGGAGAAUACACAGAGGAGGAGGAAAUGGAAGUUUUUCCAGUGAUUUUGAUGGUCCUGAUGUUCUGGUCCUUUUGCCCCAAUGGAACGAUUGCUGAUUCCAUCAUUCACAUCGGUGCGAUUUUUGAUGAAUCUGCCAAGAAGGAUGACGAAGUGUUUCGAUUGGCUGUAUCAGACCUUAACUUGAACGAGGAAAUCCUGCAGACGGAGAAAAUCACCUUUUCCGUGACAUUUGUGGACGGAAACAACCCUUUCCAGGCUGUGCAGGAAGCGUGUGACCUGAUGAACCAAGGCAUUUUAGCGCUCAUCAGCUCCAUUGGCUGCAUAUCGGCGAGUUCUCUCCAAUCCCUGUCUGAUGCCAUGCACAUUCCUCACCUCUUCGUACAACGGACAACAUCAGGAUCACCAAGGAGCGGCUGCGGCAUUAACAGGACCAAUAGGAACCAAAACUACACCCUCUCCGUCCGUCCGCCGGUCUAUCUGAACGAAGUUAUUCUCAGGGUUAUUCUGGAAUUCGCUUGGCAGAAAUUCAUCAUCUUCUACGACAGUGACUACGAUAUCCGUGGGAUUCAGGACUUCCUGGACAAAGCUUCGCAGCAGGGGAUGGAUGUGGCUCUGCAGAAGGUCGAAAGCAACAUCAACAGGAUGAUCAGCAGCAUGUUUGCCACAAUGCGCUUAGAAGAAAUGAAUCGCUAUCGGGACACUCUGCGACGUGCUAUCCUCUUUCUGAGCCCGCAGACAGCAAAGGCUUUCGUUUCUCAGGUCGUUGACUCCAAUCUUGUGGCUUUUGACUGUCACUGGAUCUUCAUAAAUGAGGAGAUAAGUGACUCAGAUGUCCAGGAACUGGUGAGAAGAUCAAUUGGAAGGUUGACUAUAAUCCGGCAGAUAUUCCCGAUGUCCAUGAACAACACUCACCGCUGUAUCCGUGGCAAACACAGAAUUUCUCCAUCGCUUUGUGACCCCAAAGACCCAUACAACCACAACGUGGAGAUCACCAAUCUUUACAUCUACGACAGCGUGCUGCUUUUGGCCCAUGCCUUUCACAAGAAGCUGGAGGAUCGGAAAUGGCACAGUAUGGCCAGCUUGACUUGCAUCAGGAAGAACUCCAAACCUUGGCAGGGGGGUUACUCCAUGUUGGACACCGUCAGAAAGGGAGAUUUGAAUGGCAUCACCGGCUUUCUGGAGUUCAACGAAAACGGUGGCAAUCCCAACGUGCAGUUUGAAAUUCUUGGUACGAGCUACGGAGAGGACCUGGGGAGAGGCGUGCGAAAACUUGCAACCUGGAAUCCUGUAACUGGGCUGAACGGAACGCUGACUGACAAAAAGCUGGAAAACAACAUGCGUGGGGUAAUGCUCCGUGUUGUUACGGUGCCGGAAGAACCAUUCGUUAUGGUUUCGGAAAACGUCUUGGGAAAAACGAAGAAAUACUAUGGUUUCUCCAUCGACGUUCUGGAUGCUUUAGCGAGCUACCUCGGCUUCAAGUACGAAAUCUACGUGGCACCUGAUUAUCGGUUUGGAAGCCAACAACCAGACGGGAACUGGAAUGGGCUCAUUGGAGAACUUGUCUUCAAGAGGGCGGACGUGGGCAUCUCAGCUCUGACGAUUACACCGGAGCGGGAGAACGUGGUGGACUUUACCACCCGCUACAUGGACUACUCGCUGGGGUUCCUGCUGAAGAAGGCGGAGAAGACGGUGGACAUGUUUGCCUGCCUGGCCCCGUUCGAUUUUUCUCUGUGGGCCUGCAUCGCUGGCACCGUGCUGCUGGUGGGGCUGCUCGUGUACCUGCUGAACUGGCUGAACCCUCCGCGUCUGCAGAUGGGCUCAGUCACCUCCACCACUCUGUACAACUCCAUGUGGUUCGUCUACGGCUCCUUCGUCCAGCAAGGUGGGGAGGUCCCCUACACAACUUUAGCCACUCGAAUGAUGAUGGGAGUUUGGUGGCUCUUUGCUCUCAUAGUUAUAUCUUCCUACACAGCAAACCUGGCUGCCUUCCUUACCAUCAACCGCAUUGAAACCUCCAUACAAUCCCUGCAGGAUCUUUCCAAGCAAACGGAUAUACCCUACGGCACAGUGAUGGAGUCGGCUGUUUACGAGCACAUCCGAGUGAAAGGGAUGAACCCCUUCGAGAGAGAUAAUAUGUACUCCCAAAUGUGGCGAAUGAUCAACCGAGGUAACGGGACAGAAAACUCUGUGAAGGAUUCCCAGGAAGGCAUUCGAAGGGUGAAAGGCGGACACUAUGCUUUUGUUUGGGAUGUGGCGGUGCUGGAAUAUGUGGCACUAAACAGUCCUGACUGCUCGUUUUUCACGAUUGGCAACACUCUGGCAGACAGAGGAUACGGGAUUGCUCUCCAACACGGAAGCCCAUACAGAGACAUAUUCACUCAAAGGAUUCUGGAACUCCUGCAGAGCGGGGAGAUCGACCUGCUCAAGCACAAGUGGUGGCCGAGGACCACCCAGUGUGACAUCUACUCCUCGUACAAAGCACAGCAGAGGAGCAGCGCUCUGGAUCUGGCCAGUUUCGCCGGCGUCUUCUGCAUCCUGGCGGCCGGCAUCAUCCUGGCCUGCGUCAUCGCCAUUGUGGAGAACUGGUGGAACAGACGGAGAGCUUCCCGGGUCCCCUCCAAAGAGGAUGUAAGGGCCCUAUGUGAAAUGAAUUUAGAGAGAGUCAACCCACUUCCUAGGGGGCCUGCGCCCACAGCACAAAACUGCCCAGAAUUCAGCACUAAAUUGGCAAUUUCACUCAGAGAGGUCAUAAGGAUGGCUGAGGAUGACAAGGAGAUCGACUUGGAGCACCUUCACAGACGGGCAAACAGCCUCCUCACAGACGACGAUAGCCCUCACAAGCAGUUUUCCACCUCGUCCAUCGACCUGACUCCCUUGGACAUCGACUCCUUGCCAACGAGGCAAACCCUGGAACAGAUCAGUGACUUUAGAAACACUCAUAUCACCACCACAACCUUCAUACCAGAGCAGAUCCAGACUUUAAGCCGCAGCCUGUCUGCUAAAGCUGCCUCAGGCUUCACAUUCGGAGGAAUGCCCGAGCACCGAACUGGCCCCUUCAGAAGCAGGGCACCCAAUGGUGGCUUUUUCAGAAGUCCCAUCAAAACCAUGUCCUCUGUCCCCUAUCAGCCAACUCCAUCUGCAGUGUACAGCCUGAACAAUGACCCUGACCGGGGCACAUCUAUAUGAAUGUUAUAUUUUUCACCGGGACUCAGUUGGUGAGAUGAUAGAAAUUAUUGGUGGGACUAACCUGGACGUAACUUUUUUUAAAAAGAAAGUCAGGAUCUUAGUUACAGCUUUCUCAGAUAUAAUCGCAAUAACUCCAGCCUGUUUAUGGCCCAGUAUUAUGUUUAUUUCCGCUGCAUUCAAAAUUCAGUGCUUUUAUCGCUGGCAGUUACACGUGGUACUUCAUUUCGGACCAAAAGGCGCAACCUGCUAUUAAAAGUAAGAACAUUCAGGCCACAAGUUCAAAGAAUGCUACAUUUUUAUAGGAUCACACUCAUAACGAAGCCAUCCGGGAACUUGUCAAAAUAUUUCAGGCAUCAUGUGGCAAAAACAAACUUAAAAUAUGGUACAUUUGGUCCCAGCUUAGACUUUGUUUUAAACAAAAUUCCUCUGCAAGGUUGCAUUACACGCAGAUGUUUUCUAAUGUACAGUUUAGGUUAAAUCCACGAUGUCCUGGCUUACAAAGUGGAAAUCAUUUGCAACAGUUUCCUAAGGUGUUAAUAGGAGAAAGUAUGUUAGAUAUUGCCAGGUAAAUGAAUGUCAGAUUUUUUCGGUGUUGUGGUUUUUGGUGCUGGAGGAAGUAAAAUGCCAAAAUGUCCUUCUGAAGUUGCAAAGUAUUGAGUUCAUUGCUGCUAUGUAAUAGUACGUCUUGACAGUCAAUGACAAGCAUUAAUUCUUUCGGCUAAUAGUGGAUAACCUUAACAAAAGCAACCCCCACCUUAUACGGAAUUGCAGUUCAGAAAUCCAAUGGUAGAAUUGGGGAUUGUUAGAGGGAAUAUUUUUUGAACAAAACAUAGGGACGGAAAAGUUGAUUACCGUUCAAGAUUAACUGUUCGCGGGG